AUGGCCUAUUUGGAAAAUCUGAACAAUGCUCCUAAUUUUUCCAGGGUUAGUAUCCAAAUAUUAAGAAAAACAGUUCUGGAGAUUAUUAACUUUUCAGGUUUAUUGGCAAGAAGAGACCAGUGUUUGGCUAUGGCUUUUAUUUCGCUCAAGUGUACCGAAAUAACAAUGGGGGAUCCGCACAGUAUUAACAAUAUAUCUCCCCACAAAAAGCAAAUCCUUGAAAAGAAUGAUAGUAUAUAUAUUAAGUCCACUCUUUAUUUUGCUUUAUUGGUCUGUCGUAGAUUCAUUAGCAUGGAGUAUAAUCCAAUAACUGAGCAAGUCAUUUUCAUUAUUGUAAAAUACGAUACGGAACAAAGAAGCAACAAUAAUGAGAUAUCGUCAAUCGUCUCCAGCAGUCGCUUUUACCUCGACUUUUAUCCUGUAUUUAGACUUUUAGCUAAAAGUCAUGUUCCCAGAAUUCAUUUUAUUUUAUCUAAUUAG